AACCGUACUUAGCGUUGUGCGCGCCGCCAACGGCUACGUUCUCUGUCUAACCCCUGCGUAGAUCGCCACCAACUCUUCCAAAAUGGCGACAAAUAACAAGGCCAAUAAGCUGGCCUUCCUUUCCAUGCCGGCGCCCGCGUCCUAUGUCGCUGGUCUUGGACGAGGUGCUUCGGGAUUCACUACCCGUUCUGAUAUUGGUCCGGCUCGUGAGGGACCCUCCGCAGAAGUCAUUGCCGAGGCCCAAGCUAAGCGAGGAGAAGAGACGGAGGUCGACCCGGACCAGUUCCAAGACCCUGACAACGAAUACGGUCUCUUUGCUGGGACUACGUACGAGGCGGAUGAUGAGGAGGCAGACCGGAUAUACGAGCAGGUGGACCACAACAUGGAUGCCCGGCGGCGGGCUCGCAGGGAAGCGUUGGAGAACGAGGAGCUUUCGAAACAUCGAGCUGAACGACCAAAGAUCCAGCAGCAAUUCGCGGACCUGAAGCGUGGCCUGGCGGUUGUCACCGACGAAGAAUGGGAGAGCAUUCCAGAGGUGGGCAAUCUUACGCGGAAAAAGCGGAAAAGGGACGAGAGGUCAUUUGUUGUGCCCGACAGCGUCAUCGUCGGAGACAGAUCUAAGACGGAAUACGAAAACGCGUUAGACUCGAGGCAACAAUCGAUGGGAGGCUUCGAAACCCCAGCGGACAGUGGCACACUCACGAACUUUGUGGAGAUGGGUCAAGCUCGUGACAAGAUCUUGUCGUUGAAACUGGAUCAGGUAUCUGGCACUUCCACUAGCUCUGGUCUCUCCACCUCUAUCGAUCCCAAAGGCUACCUCACCUCCCUGGACAGCGUCGUGAUCAAGACCGAUGCCGAGAUCGGCGACAUCAAGCGUGCACGCAUGCUAUUCGAUUCACUUGUAAAGUCGAACCCCAAGCACUCACCCGGUUGGAUCGCCGCUGCUUGUCUGGAAGAGCACGCCGGCCGAAUGGUCGCAGCACGCAAGAUCAUUAAGCAAGGCUGCGAGCAAUGUCCGAAGAGCGAGGACGUCUGGCUCGAGGCUGCGCGAUUGCACAAUAACGACGAUGCUAAGGUCGUCUUGGCUAACGCUGUACAACAUGUCGGCCAGAGCGUCAAGAUCUGGCUGGCCGCCGCUGAUUUGGAGCACGACAUCAAGGCCAAAAAGCGCGUUCUGCGAAAGGCUCUCGAACAUAUCCCGAACUCCGUACGCCUAUGGAAGGAGACCGUCAACCUCGAAUCCAAUCCUGUUGAUGCGCGCAUCAUUUUGUCUCGCGCGGUCGAAGUCAUACCUCUCUCGGUAGAGCUAUGGUUAGCCCUCGCCCGUCUCGAGACACCCGAGAAGGCUAAGGCAGUCUUGAACAAGGCUCGUAAGGCGGUGCCUACAAGCCACGAGAUCUGGAUUGCGGCGGGCAGACUGCUCGAGCAGGAAGCGUACGCCACCGAGAAGCCGGAAGGGAAGCGGAACGAGGAGCUUGAAGUCGUCGAUAAGACUAUCGCAGCCGGCGUGCGGCAGUUGCGCGCGCACGGCGUGCUGCUCACCCGCGAGCAGUGGCUGAAGGAGGCGGAGCGUUGCGAGAGCGAGGGAUCUCCACGCACGUGCGAGGCGAUCGUGAAAGCCACCGUGGCGAUGGAGGUUGAGGAGGAGGACAGACUCGACACUUGGAUGAGCGACGCUGAGAGUGCGGAGCCUCGAGGCCAUGUUGGGACGGCGCGGGCAAUCCUGGCGUAUGCGCUCAAGGUAUUCCCGGACAAGAGGGCCUUGUGGCGGAGAGCUGCGGAUCUCGAGAAAGCGCAUGGCACAAGAGAGUCACUCAACGCAAUCCUGGAGAGGGCUGUUCACCACUGUCCCCAGGCCGAGGUCCUCUGGCUCAUGUGGGCCAAGGAGAAGUGGCUCGCCGGCGACGUUCCCGCUGCACGUGAAGUUCUGGAGAGGGCCUUCGUUGCCAAUCCGGAAAGCGAACAGAUUUGGUUGGCCGCUGUCAAGAUUGAAGCUGAGAAUGGCGAGCUCGGCGUCGCGAGAGAACUUCUUGUGCGCGCCCGAACUGUGGCCGACACCCAGCGGAUUUGGAUGAAGUCUGCCGUUUUUGAGAGACACCAGGGGAAAGCCGACACCGCGCUCGAGACACUCGCUACGGCUAUCAAGAAGUAUCCCAAGUUCGCGAAGCUCUAUAUGAUCCAGGGUCAGAUCCACCAAGACCGCAAGAAUUAUGCCGCUGCUCGGGCUUCCUACGCUGGCGGCAUCAAGCAAUGUCCUAAGGAAGUUACCCUUUGGAUCCUCGCCAGCCGACUGGAAGAGGCGGACGGAAAGAGUAUCAAAGCAAGGGCACUCCUCGAUAAGGCUCGUCUGGCCAAUCCUGGCAGCGACGUUCUAUGGGCUGAAGCGGUGGGCGUCGAAGAACGCAGUGGAGGCGCUGCACAGGCCAAGACGGUGCUGGCGAGAGGUCUGCAAGAAUGCCCGACCUCUGGUUUGCUGUGGUCCAUGACCAUAUGGUCGGAGCCACGUCCUACCCGGAAGUCUCGCUCCGCCGACGCUCUUCGCAAAGCCGCAGACGACCCUUUGGUGCUGUCCACUGUCGCACGGCUCUUCUGGGCUGAGCGGAAGAUCGAGAAGGCGAGGCAGUGGUUCGAGCGCGCUAUCACCGCCAACCCUGACGUAGGAGACAACUGGGGAUGGUGGUUGAAGUUUGAACGGCAACACGGGAUCUCAGAGCAACAGGACGAAGUAGUCAAGAAAUGUGUUGCCGCAGAGCCUCACCACGGUUCAACGUGGCAAUCCAUUGCUAAGGAUCUCAAGAACACCCAGAAAGGUACCAAGGAGAUUCUGGAGCUUGUCGUCGCCGCUUUGCACUGAGUGAUAUGUAUUCUGUGGGCUUCGUGGUGUUCUGUUGUAUUUGUAUGCUAUAUUAUUCUUCCGUCGCAUGGAUCUUGAUCAAGGCCACCAUUACGCGGUUGCACGGAGGCUUGCUACCGUUCUGUUCUGCGC